ACUCAUUCUUGCCGCGUCACCCUCCAGCGCCACCCAAACUUCUUCGGUUCUAGAGAUCGAGAAGAACUAAGCCAAACAUACACAAUCAACAUGAAACUCGUAAUUCUGCUAUCUUUUGUUGCGACAGUUGCGGUUUUUGCGGCUCCAUCGGCUCCGGCAGGUCUCGAGGAGAAGCUGCGUGCUCUUCAGGAGCAACUGUACAGUCUGGAGAAAGAGAACGGAGUUGAUGUGAAGCAAAAGGAGCAACCAGCAGCAGCCGACACAUUCCUUGGAUUUGUUCCACAGAAGAGAAUGGUCGCGUGGCAGCCGAUGAAGCGGUCGAUGAUCAAUGAGGAUUCUAGAGCUCCAUUGCUCCACGCAAUCGAAGCCCGCUUGGCCGAAGUGUUGAGAGCCGGAGAACGCCUCGGAGUCAACCCGGAGGAAGUUUUGGCGGAUCUUCGUGCUCGUAAUCAAUUCCAAUAAAUAUUCUUUGCCCUAAAUACUUUAAAUUAUCCAUCUGACAACUAAAAUUUCGGUUCUUCUUGGCUUCUUCUAUUUGUGAAAUGGUUUAUUUUCCCCCGAACUCUCAAAAGGUUUAAAUAUUGUUCGAUUACCCCUUUUUAUCAAUUAUUUUCUUCAAUUUCUUAUUUAUCAUUAUUUUUCUAAACGAAGACGGAUGUGAUUUUAAAUUAUGUUAAUGGACUAUUUUACAAACUGAAUAAAUUCAGCAUGUUG